AUGAUCCAGACGAGGCUCCCUGGAAAGGUGCCUACCAUCGACGAGAUGCUCUCCUCGGACACGACUGCUCAUCCUCCCCCCUCCCUACCCUUCCAGUCGCCAAACGCCAUCCCGCCGAGGACCUCCUCCACCGGCCACGCCAUUCCACACCCGCCCUCCAAGUCAGUCUUGCGACCGCUGCCCGAGUCCAACUGGCUAGGCGGGCCCAGGCACCAUCGCCACACCUCCUCGACCACCUCGGCCUCUGGCGGCAAGAUCCAGCCCUUCACUGCCAUCAUGUCGCCCUCGGGUCCUCCCCCCGACCCGUCCCGCUACGCCACCGAGGAUCUGAACUUCAUUGCCAGGAGGACGUGGACGGACCAGAAGGAGAAGAUCAUAUGGGGACCCUACGACUACGUGACCAGCCAGCCGGGCAAGGAUUUCCGGACCCAGCUGAUCGCCGCCUUCAACACCUGGCUCGAGGUGCCCCAGGACAGCAUCGAGGUCAUCACAAAGGUCGUCGGCAUGCUGCACAAUGCUUCGUUGCUGGUCGACGACGUUGAGGACAAUUCCACUCUGCGCCGCGGACUGCCCGUGGCGCACAGCAUUUUCGGGACUGCCCAGACCAUCAACUCGGCCAAUUACAUCUACUUUGCCGCUUUACAAGAGCUGCAGAAGCUCAAGAACCCAAAGGCUGUCAGCAUCUACAUGGAGGAGCUGAUCAACCUGCACCGAGGACAGGGUAUGGAUCUGUUCUGGAGAGAUACCCUGACGUGCCCGACCGAGGAAGACUACCUUGAAAUGGUUGGCAACAAGACCGGGGGCCUUUUCCGUCUUGGCAUCAAGCUCAUGCAGGCCGAAUCGCGCUCGCUGAUAGACUGCAUUGAGCUUGUGAACCUGAUGGGCCUGGUCUUCCAGAUCCGAGACGACUACAUGAACCUCUCGUCGGUCGAGUACAGCAAUAACAAGGGCUUGUGCGAGGAUCUUACCGAGGGCAAGUUCUCGUUCCCGGUCAUUCACAGCAUCCGGUCCGACCCGUCCAAUCUGCAACUCAUCAACAUCCUGAAACAGAAGCCGACCGAUGAUGAGGUCAAGCGCUAUGCCGUCAAGUACAUGGAGAGCACCGGUAGCUUUGACUACACGCGCCAGGUCCUCGCGGUGCUCAUCGAGAGGGCCCGGAAGACGGCCGAGGAGAUUGACGAGGGCAAGGGGAAGAACCACGGGAUCCACAAGAUCUUGGACAAGAUGGUCAUCACAUAA